UAAAAACUCUUUCCCAAAACCCUUGUCCUUGAAUAGUUGCAUUCAUAGGACCUUCGCUUUAUCCCACGCCAUGUCGAUUGGAAUCUCAGCACUCCGUUCUCCGAAUAUAUUUCACAAACAAACAGUGCAGCUCUCCUCACACUUCUCCCUUGUCAAUCGGAUACAUGUCAAUUCAAAAGCCUCGUUUGGCUUUUCAGAACCUGGAACUAGCACGUUGAGAUUAAGAGAAGGUAACAAAUUUCACGGCAUCCUCUUAAAGGAUCUUGUAUAUUCAGAGAAAAGGAAUAAUGGAUUUUGGACCAAAGCAGAAACUGGUGCUGGUGGGACGGAGAAAGAUGUGGAUGAAGGUGAAAUGGAGUCGCGGGGAGAGAGCUCUAUGCCAGAGAGGUUCAGGUACUUGAUGAAAGAAGCUCCCGAAAAGCCAUUGAGGUGGCCUUUGUUUAUAGUGCUGGCAUUCCUUCUCUAUGCCUGGAGGACCGUCUUGUGGGAGCUGUCUAAUUGGAUAAAGCCAGUAGCAUAUGUCUUGGAACCUGUGUUCAUCUCCAUCGGAUUCAUUUUGAGGAUUGCAUUCGCUAGCAUUCUCCACUUAUUGACGUAUCCAUUGGUUGCCUCCGUUAGUUUUGUCGAGACAACGCUGCACAACAUCCAAGCUCUCUACUCACUAGUAAUCAACCAAGCUCCUAUUCAAGAACUAACAAAAAUGAUCAUUUUGGCAUCUUUUGUAGUCUUCAUGGCCAAGUCUGUUGUUCCCUAUUCUGUAAACAGCCAACCCUAUCUUCUGACAGUCUCUGGC